AUGGGCAACGCCUCCUCCAAACAAAAAGUCGCCCUCCGCGAACAACUCGAAGCCCUCGACAAGCAAUGCAAAAUCACCACCGAGCUCAAAGCCGCCAUCGAAGCCGAACUCGCCGGCACGUCCAAAACCCUCGAGGACCGCGAUAAAGACUUGCAAAAUCUCCGCGAUGAGAUCAAGGAAUUGACACAAGCCAAUGCCACGGUGCGGCAGGAUAAAUUGAAUGCGAUUUCGAAUCUGCAGAAUGAACUCAGUCGGGAGCUGCAGGGACAAUUGCGGGUGGCGGAGAGUUUGACGCAGGAACGGAAUCGGGCGAGGAAGCAGGCGGCGGAGUUGGAGGCGGAGUUGAAGGAGAAGGAUGAGUCGAGUCGGUCGGCUGUGACGGAAGCGAAGACGUUGCGGGAGAAGCUCGAAGAGAGCGUCAGUUCGCAUGAGGUGGAGUUGCAGAAGAUGAAAGACGAGCUAGCGGCACUGCAGGAAAGCAACAAGACACAAGUCGAAGAGCUAGAACAGAAAGCAAAAGACGACAUGGCCGCAGUCCAACAAAAGCACACCACCGCCGCCGCGGAAGAAAAGUCCAAAACGCAAAAGGACAUCGCCGAGCUAGUCCAAAGCUCCAAAUCGCUACGAACCCGCAACGUCGAACUGGAAGAAGAACUCGCCACCACCAAAACCGCCCUCGAAACCAGCGAAAAAGACCGCACCUCCCUCACCGACCGCGUCAUCUCCCUCGCCAAAGCAAACUCUGAAUCCGAACAAGCCCUCGCAAGCUACCAAUCCGGGUCCCGCACCGCCCUCGACGACCUCUCCAACACCCAAGCCGCCCUCACAACAGCUCAAACCGAACGCGCCGCUCUCGAACAAAAACUCUCCGCUCUCGAGUCCCAACUCGCGUCUGAAAAGUCCGCCCGCGCGGCCCUACAGACUUCUUCCUCGACGGUACAUAACGACCUCGCGGCGGCGGUGAAGCGAGCGGAUGGUCUAGCGGCGGAAAAUGCUGCGACCCAACGUGCGUUGGCGGACGCGCAGGCGGCGAAGGAUGCGUUGCAGCAGAAAUUCAAUGCGGGGAUUUCGAAGCAGAGUGGGUUGUUUGAGGCGUUUCAGGCGUUGAAGAUUGAGUUGGCGGAGACGCAGGGACGGUAUCGGGAGGUGGUGAGUGCGCAGGGUGGGAGUGGAGGGAUUGCGGGGGAUCAGAGGACGCCGGCGGGGAGGGUGUGA